AUGCAACAAUUGGUAGACGGCUUAUUCAACAAAUUUGCUGCUACGAGACCAAAAUAUGACAGCUUGGUAAGACUUGUGAAGGUUCGGUACACCGGAAAUAAUCCAGAUUAUGUAACAAAUUUUGAAAACGCUGCGAAGGAUGUCGAAGAUCUUGCAGUUACCACAGCAGAUUUCUUGGCAUUCCAUUUCCUACAAGACUUACCAGAAAACAUUCUUGUCAGACAAUUAGAAACUAUCGAUAAGGGAUACAAGCUGUACAGAAUACAACUAAAAGAUCAUAAUAGGCCACCUAUCCGCUACAGAAGCAAAUGUUCGACAGUUCUAGAAAUACCACAGUAUGGAAACCAUAGACAAAAGCGAAGAAAGUAUGACCUAAGCAAGACUGUUUGUCACAAGUGUAACAAAACAGGGCAUAUAGCUAAGUACUGUCGCCAAAAUAAUGACAGUUCAAAAUACUACAAGGGUUCCUCAAACAAGUAA